UCCAAUCACAACAACUCCGAAGUUCUCCGACUCGAAGAAAACUGACGAAGUUUGCGAAUUAAAAUCGUAUAAACAAAAGAAAAUAGUGUAUUCAUUAGCAAGUAAUGAAAAAUAACGAUAAUUUUCACAUUCGUGCAUUAAUGUUUGACAUAAUUCGGCUUCUCUUCUCUCUUAUUUAACCGCUGUUACGAUUCGCCCGUUUAAACCCCCGAACUUGAUGCGUAAUUGUAAAAAUCCGCGGAUCCGCAAUCAAACACCGUCAAGAACGAAUAAUCCGUUUUAAAAAGUUUAUGAAGAAGUCUUAUCUCUAAAAAAAUACACACACACACAUAAACUUUAACCAUGAAGUUUUACACCUGUCCUAUGUGUUGUAAUGCUGGGUUUACUAAUCAGCAAGAACUCAAAGAGCAUUUGCAGAAAGCCUCUAAUCCUAUUGAUUGUCCAGCUUGUUUGAAAUCGUGUAAAAAUGUAAUAAAUUUAAUCAAACAUCUCGAUCAGUGCGCUGCGUUCAAAUCCGAAGAUGAUCAAUCCAGCUACAGAAACAGUAAUAGUUUAAACUUAAACGAUCGUAGUCAGAAUUCUUUACUAGAUGAUGACGACGACGAUGUUGAAGGAUAUUUCUGUACCGUUUGUGAUAUCAAGAUACCGGAUGUAUAUAAACAUAUACAGCAAUUCCAUAGCGGCCAAGAAGUCAUUUUACAGGACGACGAUGACGAUGAAGUUGAAACUUUGAACCAACCACAGUUUUACAAUUCCGAUAAAACUGAUAAGAGUGGCGGUUACGAUCAGAAAUCAAACUCUUCGCCAAACAAGAGAGAAUACAAACGUAAAAAUAGCGAAGAGUAUAAUGGAAAGGAUAGCAAAGAAGAGAAUCACAAAAAUAAGAAAAUUAAGAAAAAAUUCAAGGAAGAAGAUUUAGGAGAAGCUCUCUACUGCGUUAAAUGUGAUAUUAGCUUUUCUUCGGUAUCCGAACACAUGAAAACUUAUCACAGUAGCUACGAAUACAUUACGCAGGACCUCUCGAUAACAGACCUAUUCCCAGAAUCUAAAACAUCAAAUGGCUCAUUAGCUUACAAUUGUUCCUGCUGUAGAAAAUCGUUUGUACGUAAAACAACUCUGAUGAAACACUUGAAACUGAAUGUUUACAAAGAUACGAAACACAAACCGAGAAAAAACUGUUGUCGAAGAAAGACGGUCGAUGAAAUCAAAGAGGAGACAUUCGACGACAGUGCCAAUUUCUCUGGUAACAAUUCCGGUACAGAUUACGAUAUCGAUAUCGAAGAAAACUCAACUAUGGUAAAAACCGAGCCCGAAGAAGAUGAAGAAUUCGAAGCAGCAACGCCGGUGCAAAACGAAGCUACCUUUCCGUUGGAAGGAAUAAAUCAUAUAUUUAAUACAUGAGAUAUUCAGCCCCCUAUCCUAUGUUUGGGAUUUUUUUUCUCUAUUUCAAAACAUACGCCAAGGUUCCAUCGUUCAUAUUGAAGGGAAAAAUUUAAUUUUAAAUUUAAUAUAAAAAAUUUUUAGGUUAGGUUUUCUUCGGCAACUGUUUAAGUCAGUUUUAUUUAUUAAGUUUACGUUAUUUUUAUUUAUUUUCUUUUUUCUAAUUAUUGUAACGAGUUAAGACACAAAAAUUCAAUAAUAUUUACCUUGGAAAGAGUUGAAAACGGUUGUAAUUCUCUCUGGGCAGUAUUACAGGAGUUGAGCGACAUUACCAUUAUUACUGCUGAUCUCAUUCGGAUAUAUAGUCGAUGGUGUAUGUUUUUUUUUCUUUUUUUUUCAUUAGCGGAGUAGUCGAUAUAAAUGAAAAACUCGAUCGAAAUGGGCAAAAUUUAAUGUAAAUUUCAGUAUUAUUAAUUAAUCUGUGGAGAAGAUAGAUCCAUGACUCACGUCCAAUUGCCCCGGUACCGAUUACCCCCUGCGCUGUGUGAUUUUCUCAGGGAAAUUGUUUAAAAAAUUCUUAAUCUCUAUGCGCAGUCAUUUUCGAAAUUUGUAAAUUUUUGUAUACGUAUUGUACAGUAUAAUUUGUGUUUACGUAGUCGUUCGCUGUUCGCGAUUCUGGAAAUUUACUGGUGAAAAAACUAACGGACGCCGUAAUACGAGCUUUUUCGCCUUAUAGCGUGAUCGUUCGGUGUGCUUUUUCGACGUUCGAUGAACCGGAGUAUUGUAUUUUCGUGCUGGAAACGGAAAUUGGUGUGAUUUUGGCGUUUAUAAAAUACGCGAUGGAAGGUAAGAAGGGUACUGGUUCGCAGGUUGGUAUUGUGUCGUUACCAAAAUAUUAUAUGUACAGUCAACGGGCGAAAAGGUAUGCAGAUUUCCAACUUUUUAUAAUAAGGAUUAGUGUUUACGAUUGAAGCGAAUUUCGUUUUUAAGUUUUACGUAGUCUUAGUAAAUUAUAGUUGACGUUUCGAGUGUUGAUGAGUUCGUUUCUCAGAUAAUAUGUUAAGUUAUGAAAAAUGAAAUCAAACGAUGUAUGAACCCCCUUUCCCCCAACAGUAAUCCUAACUUUUGACGUUUGAUACGAAAGAAGGGUCUGGAGUAAUGAGGAUAUUUUUUGAAAAUUUCAAAGUACAUAAGUUGACGUAUUUAUUUUAACUGAAGUACUACAGCAAUUUUAUUGGAUCAUUUGAUUUAUUUAUUUUUCUGUGAAAUAAAUUUUUUUUGAAAAUGUC